UCCGCCACUCCGCGCGCUGCCCUAGGGUCCAGCCGACCGCGGCCGGGUCUCUUUAGGAAGUGCCUGGGAAUCCUCAGGAAAGAGCUUCUCAGUGUGCUCCCUCAGCCCCCUCAAUCUUCAGAGAUGUAACCCUGUUUCACAGGUUGGUCAGCACGUUGCUGCAAGUUGCCCUUUUGACGUAGCUGCAGCCAUGGCCAGUUGGUAGGACCAACAUCCCAUGCCCAGAAGUCAGUUCAGAAUGACUGAAGAAGCAUGCCGAACACGAAGUCAGAAACGAGUGCUUGACCGGGAUCCAGCAGAAGAUGAUGUGGAGAGCAAGAAGAUAAAGAUGGAGAGAGGAUUGUUGGCUUCAGAUUUAAAUGCUGAUGGAGAUAUAAGAGUGACACCCGAGCCUGGUACAGGCCCAUCCCAAGGACUGCUAAGGGGGCCAGAGGCUGUGGCUGCGGGUAGAGGUGAAGGGCAGACAGGUGACGGGCCUGUGGACAUGCGCACCUCCCACAGUGACAUGAAGUCGGAGAGGAGAGCCCCCUCACCUGAUGUGAUUGUCCUCUCUGACAAUGAGCAGCCUACCAGCCCACGGGUGAAUGGACUGACAAAGGAGGUCUCGAAGGAGACCAACACUGAGGCCCUUCUGAAAAGCAGUCCUGAGGAACGAGAAAGGAUGAUUAAGCAGCUGAAAGAAGAGUUAAGAUUAGAAGAAGCAAAACUUGUCUUAUUGAAGAAGUUGCGUCAGAGUCAGAUACAGAAGGAGACUACCACCCAGAAGCCCGCAGGCUCCACCGGGAGCUCUGUGACCACCCCUCCCCCACUUGUGCGGGGCACGCAGAACAUUCCUUCCAGCAAGCCAUCACUUCAGACUUCCUCAACUCGAAUGCCUGGCAGUGUCAUCCCACCACCUUUGGUCCGUGGUGGCCAGCAGGUGUCCUCGAAGCUGGGGCCACAGGCAAGCUCGCAGGUCGUCAUGCCACCACUCGUCAGGGGGGCCCAGCAAAUCCACAACAUCAGACAGCAUUCCAGCACGGGGCCACCACCACUCCUCCUUGCCCCUCGGGCAUCUGUACCCAGUGUGCAAAUUCAGGGACAGAGGAUCAUUCAGCAGGGUCUCAUCCGUGUCGCCAAUGUUCCCAGCACCAGCCUGCUUGUCAACAUCCCCCAGCCUUCUGCAGCAUCACUGAAAGGCACGACAGCCACCUCUGCUCAAGCCAACUCCACCCCCACCAGUGUGGCCUCUGUGGUCACUUCUGUUGAUUCUCCAGCUAGUCGGCAGGCGGCUGCCAAGCUGGCACUGCGUAAGCAGCUGGAGAAGACACUGCUUGAAAUUCCACCACCUAAGCCCCCUGCCCCUGAGAUGAACUUCCUGCCUAGUGCUGCAAACAAUGAGUUCAUCUACCUAGUGGGGCUGGAGGAAGUGGUGCAGAAUCUGCUGGAAACACAAGCAGGCAGGGUGUCAGCUGCAGUCGUGUUGUCCCGGGAUCCCUACAUGUGUGCACAGUGCAAGACAGACUUCACAUGCCGCUGGCGGGAGGAAAAGGGGGGCGCCAUCAUGUGUGAAAACUGCAUGGCAUCCAACCAGAAGAAGGCACUCAAGGUGGAGCACACCAGCCGGCUGAAGGCUGCCUUUGUGAAGGCGCUACAGCAGGAACAAGAGAUUGAGCAGCGCCUCCUGCAACAGGGUGCUGCCCCUAUGCAGGCCAAGGCGGAGUCAACUGCCCCACAUCCCACAUUGAAGCAGGUCAUAAAACCCCGGCGUAAGUUGGCGUUCCGCUCAGGAGAGGCCCGCGACUGGAGUAACGGGGCUGUACUACAGGCCUCCAGCCAGCUGUCCCGAGGCUCGGCCACGACUCCCCGAGGUGUCCUGCACACGUUCAGCCAGUCACCCAAACUGCAGAAUUCAGCCUCGGCCACAGCCCUUGUCAGCAGGUCAGGUAGACAUCCAGAGAGGGCCGUGAGCUCUGGCAAGGGCAAUGCCACCUCCAACUGGAAGAAGGCACCCCUGAGCACAGGAGGGGCCCUUGCAUUUGUCAGCCCGACCUUGGCAGUGCACAAGACCUCCUCAGCUGUGGACCGCCAGCGGGAGUACCUCCUAGACAUGAUCCCACCACGCUCCAUCCCCCAGUCGGCUACAUGGAAAUAGAUCAAGCCAGCCCAGUGGAGCAUAGUCUCCCUUCGUCCUCCUGCCUGGCCCUGUCACCCUCUGCCCGGGAAGACUGCUCCUGAGAGAGCAAGUGAGCGCACUGCCUCUGUUCCUGGCUGCAGUCGCCUUGCGGUUGGAGGCCACUUCACAGGUGGAUGAGGCUCAUCACUGGGGGAUCUUUCCCGUGGGCUUUCUUCCUUUCUUUGCCUUUAGUUUGCCCAACACCAGCAGAAAAGUGGGCCUGGGGGCUGGUUCUGCUCCUGGCCCUCCCCUUCGCCCCUGGCAAGGCACCGGGUGUUCAGUCUGGACACUGUGACAUGCUUGGGCGAGGCCAGCGCCCAGGGCUUCUGAAGUUGAGCGGAGCUUUCUAUUUGUUUUCGCUUAUCCCCGUCUUAAGCCUCCCAAUCUCUGACUGCCUUCCUUCAUGGCAAUCUCUAGGCUGAAAGAUUUUUUUCAAAUCACCUCAUGAUGAUGGAGUUUAAAGUAAACCAUUCAGACCCAGGGGUCCCUGCCGAGCAUGGCCCCCACACCCCAGAGGGUGGGCCACACACAGCGCCCCAGCCUCCAUUGGAUGGUCACCUAGCCCUCGCUGUUGCUGCUUGUCCUGGAGGGCCCUGCCACACUUAGCAGAACAGCCAGAGAACCCAAGAUUCUGGAAGCUGCACCACCUUCGGAGGAGAGAGGCAUGAAUCGUCAGUGGAGUCCACAGGCCUGAGCAGAAAGUUGGAGGAGGGAGGGCUGUUGUGUUUUUGUUGUUCUUGUGGUUUAUUUUAUUAAAUUUUUUUCCUUUUCUUUUCCUACUUAUUUUAACGGAUGACAUCCUAAGCCUCCCUGGCCUGUGCUCAUAUCAGGUGUGUCCAAGUGGGGCAGCAUUCCUGUCCCCCCAGACUUCAGGGUUUUUGUUUGGGUCUAGUGUAGAACCUUCCCAUAAAGCUGGGCAAGGGUUCACCUUCAGACUUUUUUUUUAACCCUCUUUAGAGUGUGCAGAAAUGUUUUACAAAGGAUCAGGUUUGCCCUUAGUUGUGCUUUAUUUUGGUCUCUCCCUCUCCUUAACAAUCGGUUCCGUGAGGAAAGUCAGAAACUGUGUGUGUGUGUGUGUGUGUGUGUGUGUGUGUGUGU